AUGGCUGCUCCUCGUGCGUCUUCCUUCAAAGCUCUUCGCAGCCUUCAGCGAUCCUCGGGUUCGACUCCGGCCAAACGGGGUCUCCACAUAACUGGAGUCCACGCCCAUCCACGGCCCAUUGAUCCUACUCACAAAACCACCUAUAUGCCGUGGAACCUACAAGACCUUCGUCAAGAAUGUCAAAAGAGAACCCUCUCGGCCUCUGGGACCAAACAUGAGCUCAUUGAUCGCCUGGCUGGUCACGACAGCUUGCAGGCGCGUGCCUUCUCUAUGGCAAUGAGGCGCAUUGCCGUUGAGCAAACCAAGAAGCCAGUAUCUGGUCCUUCCGAGACCGGUAGCCAGAGACAUUUCAACACCUCGCGAGAGUCGAAGGCUGUCCACGACUCAUCAACCAUCGACUUCGCCUACCUUCCCAGACUCUUCGAACAGCAGUACGGUCCACAGCCCCCAGAGAUCCGAGUUCCCAUCCUACCAGACAUCAGCUCGCAACAGGCGGAAGCAGUCCUGGAGAGAUACCCUGAGCUCGAUGCAGCCGCCGGAAGCUAUCAGGACACGCAGGGCGCAGAGAUAAUCAUGAAGCCUGAGAUAUCCACGAUUGGGGAUGCUCUAGCCACCCCGGCCAGUGCCCUCAGCGACUUGCAUGAUGGUCACCAUGAGAAAGAAAUGUCGGUCGACAUGCUCACGGCUCUGACCGAAAAUGUGGGCAACAGCACCCAACAAUUUGCCCGGAUGUCCAAAGACAAGGACGAGCAGACCAUGAAGAAGGUCUGGCACGGUUUUCUGGACGAUCUGUUUGGUGGCCCGCAGAAAGGUGCCAGAGCAUGA